AGAGCUCGGCUCAAACUCUUUGCAGUUCCCUUCAGCUCACAUGGCGCUGAACUUUGUUGCCCCGGCGUUGCCUGGCACCGGAGCGCUCGCCACCGGCUUCAAGCCCAAGGCCCAGGCCCCGGCGGCUCCUUUGAACUCGGCGGGAGCCGUCCUCGCCACUCUACCUCUGGCGGCGGUGUCCCGCCGGUCCACCCGUGAAGCCCGCACUGCACGGCUUUUGGGGCCCAAAGCCAGCGCGGAGCUCUUGGAGAAGCGGGGCGAGGUGGACGCGGGACUAGGCACUGCGGAAUCGAAGCCUUGGGAGUUCCUGAGCGGCAUUGCCAAGGACGCCGCACGGGCCUGGUUUGUGCAGCGCGCCGAAGACCGGGGCGUCGCAUGGAGGUUCAUGGUGGAGAAGAUGCAGGCGCAACAGCAGGACUUGGAGGCCCACUACGAUCGCAUUCACAACGAGUCCAUCGAGUACCCGGACUACUACACCCGCUCGUUCCACGGCUACGACGAGGGGAAUCUGAGUUGGCGGGCGGCGCACGAGCUGGCCCCGGCGACCCAGUCCAUGUGCUUGGGCUACUACGACGGAAUGGCCUGGCAGGACGCCCAAGAGGAAUUCCGCGGCGGCGCCCGCCGCGCCAUCCAGGACUUCUGGGCCGCAGGUGCGGACAAAGACCCAGAGACCUUGCUAGACCUCGGCUGCAGCGGGGGCUUUUCUUCCAAGGAGAUGUCGAAAGCCUUUCCUACGACAAAGGUCUCGGGCAUGGACUUGAGCCCCUACUUCCUGUCUGUGGCCAAGCAGUGCUACCCGCAGAUCGAGUUCCUGCACGGCAACGCGGAGUCCACAGGUUUGCCGGAUGAGUCCUUCGAUGUUGUGACCCUGAACUUCCUGCUGCACGAGCUGCCCCUGGAUGCCAGCAGGAAAGUGCUGCGCGAGGCGAGUCGCCUGCUGAAGCCAGGAGGUGUGCUGGCAGUCCUGGACGUGGACCCCAAGCAGCUCAGCGCUCUGCCGCCCUUCCGGCGCUGGGCCUUUCAGGUCACCGAGCCGUGGUGCAAGGAUGGCGAGUAUUUCGAUCUGAAGCUCGGCCCGGAGCUGGAGCCCCUGGGCUUCCAAGACUUCCAACAGAUCGCCAACGACCCCGUGAACUCCCUGGCGCUUGCCCGCAAGGCGCUUUGAGCAGUGAAAGGCAUCAGAGUGCCCUUGGGGAACGAGGCCGCGGUACAGUACUCACGGAUUGUCUUGCAAAAUUCGCGGCGAGGACGUAGCUGCAGCCAUGUCGCUUGCCAUAGCUUGCUGACGUCA